GGCUGGGCUGGGAGAGCGAGGAUAUGAUAGAGAUAACCAGAUAGCCAACUGGGUAUAAAGACAGUAUCUCAUCUCAUCCUCAAGUCUGGUAGAACAACAACGACCCAGAUCAAUCUCCACAGUUCAGUCUUGAAACAACAAGAGCCUCUUUCCAGAGUCAUUCACAUACAUUCAAACACGACAUUUUAGUCUACACCCUUGGCUUGUACCAUGGCAUCUGCACUGUGGAACUACCUUGGCCUCCGCGAGGCCCCCACUGCCCCUACCAAUGAGGCCGUGCGAGCCCUGCCCGCCUCGUGGUACACUUCGCAGGAGAUGUUCGAGCUGGAGCGCCGCGCCAUCUUCUCCCGCAAAUGGUUGCUGACCACUCACAAGCUGCGCCUCCCCAAUACCGGAGACUGGCUGCAGUAUGAGGUGUCGGGCUUCAACUUUGUCCUGGUGCGCGACAAGGAGGGCAACAUCAACGCCUUCCACAACGUAUGUCGCCACCGCGCCUUCCCCUUGGUGACCGAGGAGAAGGGGUCCGCUCGCAUCUUCGCCUGCAAGUACCAUGGCUGGUCCUACGGCCUCAAUGGCAAGCUGGCCAAGGCUCCCGGCUACCAGGACCUCGACGGCUUCGACAAGAGCAAGAACAGCCUGCUCCCCAUCCACGUGCACAUCGACGCCAACGGCUUCAUCUGGGUCAACCUGGAUGCCGGCGAGCAGCCCGAGAUCUCCUGGGACGAUGACUUCAAGGGCAUUGAUCUGCAGUCCCGCUUUGCCGAUGUCAAGUGGGAAGACUACACCUUCGACCACACCUGGGAGCAGGACGGCAGCUACAACUGGAAGAUUCUGGCCGACAACUACAACGAAUGCUACCACUGCGCGACUACGCACCCGGACAUCCCGGCCCUGGCCGACUUGGCCACCUACUCGGUCGACACCAAGGACGGCGGUAUCAUCCACGACGCCCACUCCAAGCCCGACCAGAUCGCGGCGGGGCUCAGGAUUGCCAGCACCUACUACUUCCCCAAUGCCUCCAUGACCGUUUCGUAAGUGGACCCAGUAUAUAAAGACACCCCCCCACCAGUUUCAAAAUCCCUAACCGUUUCUCUGCAGGCCACACUUCUUCUUCAUGCAGCGCUUUGUCCCGAUCUCCCCCACCCGGUCGGUGAUGAAGUACGAGGUGUACCGCAACAAGAACUCGAGCGACGAGGACUUUGACCUGAUCAACACCAUGUACAAGCGCAUCAUGUCCGAGGACAAGUACCUCUGCGAUCUGACGCAGAAGAACCUCAAUGCCGGAGUGUUUGUGAACGGGGAGCUGCACCCGAAGAUGGAGAAGGGCCCUCUGUAUUUCCAGAAGG